GGCGAACAGCAGUGGGGAAGACAAAAGCAGAGAGAAGCAAGGCUCCAGGGCAGCCUGGACGCAAGGCUGCUGAGAACUUGACACUUUCCAGACCCCAGGCAGCAUGGUGGUCCUGAAUCCAACGACUCUGGGAAUUUACCUUCAGCUUUUCUUCCGCUUUGUUGUGUCUCAGCCUACUUUCAUCAACUGUGUCCUCCCAAUUUCAGCAGCCCUUCCUGGCCUGGAUCAGAAGAAGCGUGGCAGCCACAAAGCAUGCUGCCUGCUGACGCCCCCUCCGCCCCCACUCUUCCCACCGCCCUUCUUCAGAGGGGGCCGAAGUCCGCUCCUCUCCCCAGACAUGGAGAAUCUCAUCCUGGAACUGGAGACCACGCAGUCCCCGUGUGUGCAAGGAUCGCUCGGCUCCCCUGGGCCUCCCGGCCCCCAGGGUCCACCAGGGCCUCCAGGAAAGACAGGACCAAAGGGAGAAAAGGGGGAGCUUGGCCGACCAGGAAGGAAGGGUAGACCUGGCCCCCCCGGUGUUCCUGGCAUGCCUGGGCCCAUCGGCUGGCCUGGCCCUGAAGGACCCAGGGGUGAAAAAGGUGACCUGGGUCUGAUGGGCUUACCAGGGUCAAGAGGACCAAUGGGCUCCAAGGGCUACCCUGGAUCCAGAGGGGAAAAGGGAUCCAGAGGUGAAAGGGGUGACUUGGGUCCCAAAGGAGAAAAGGGUUUCCCAGGAUUUCCUGGAAUGUUGGGGCAGAAAGGUGAAAUGGGUCCAAAGGGUGAGCCUGGGAUAGCAGGACCCCGGGGACCCACAGGAAGACCAGGAAAACGAGGCAAGCAGGGGCAGAAGGGAGAGAGUGGAGUCAUGGGCCCACCAGGCAAGCCUGGGCCUUCUGGUCAACCAGGUCGUCUGGGUCCCCCAGGCCCCCCAGGACCCCCUUCUGCAGGACAACUUGUAAUGGGACCCAAAGGAGAAAGAGGAUUUCCCGGGCCGCCAGGAAGAUGUCUUUGUGGAACCCCCAUGAAUGUGAAUAACCCUUCAUAUGAGGAAUCCGUGUACGGGCCCCACUCCCCACGAGUUCCUGCGAUUUUUGUGGUCAACAACCAGGAGGAGCUUGAGAGGCUGAACACCAAAAAUGCCCUUGCCUUCCGCAAAGACCAGAGAUCUCUGUAUUUCAAGGACAGCCUUGGCUGGCUCCCCAUCCAGCUGACCCCUUUCUAUCCUGUGGACUACACUGUAGACCAGCGUGCCUCCUGUGGGGACGGGGUCCUGCAGCCCGGGGAGGAGUGUGACGACGGGAACAAUGAUGUGGGUGACGACUGCAUCAGCUGUCACCGGGCAUACUGUGGAGAUGGUCACCUGCACAAGGGUGUAGAAGACUGUGACGGCUUGGACUUCGGCCAGCUGACGUGCGAGACCUAUCUCCCUGGGUCGUACGGGGACCUGCAGUGCACCCCCUACUGCUACAUCGACUCCACACCCUGCCGCUACUUCACCUGAGGACGCCAGGAGGUGGGCUGCGUCGCACGCACCUGCAGCAGCUUCUCCACCUUCACUGAACUGACCUCGCACCUGCCCGGUCCAGUUUCACCACCUUCAUUUGACAAAAACAAGAACAAACUCUUGCUGCUAAGACGUGCUUUUAACUCAGUCCGAAUGGAAGAACUCAGGACCACUGCAUCCUGUCUUAAUCCAAAGUACUGGAGAACUCCCCCAUGCGCAGCCUGGGGACUGUGACCCAUAGCUCCUGUCGGGCCAGCCGCCGACCUUCAGGGCCCAUCGCCCUCCAGAGUGCGGCCGCCCCAGGCCCUAGAAUGGCUUAGCACUGUUAGACACAUGUAGACCUGCAGGCUGUUUGUCCUCAUCCCGCCUGGGGCUUCUGGGAUGUCUGGGGCACAGGCCUCUCCGCCCUUUGACCUCUGGAAACACGGGCAUUCUUGCAGGGCAGCCGGGUCUCUCCAGGCCUGUGAGCCACACAGCUGGGAGGGGGGCCCAUUCUCUCAGGGCGGCUCCCAGCUCUGGACCCCCUGAGGGACCCCUCCACUAGCCACAGCACAGUACAGCCUCUGGUGGGCACAGGUUGUCCAGCAAGAGACCUGCUCGUGAAGAAGUACUGAGAAAGCCGCCAAACCCACGCUCUGGGCCGGGUGGCGGGGGAGGCACAGCCAGCGUGCCUGGCCCUGUAGACACCAGUGGAGCCGCGGCUCCCACUUCUCCAUGUUUCCCGAAGGGUGGCACUUGUGGUUUUGCCACCCUGGGCUCCAGUGCGACCUCAUGGCUCUGCAGUUUGACCUCCUUUCUCACGAAUGCCCCUGGUGCCCAUUUUUGGUUCAGGAGAUUCGUUAGCAGAGGGCGACCCGAGUCCGUGCCCCGGUAGGGCUGAGGAGAACCUGGCCCUGGGUUUCCAGUCCAGGACCCACCAUCCUAGACAGAGACAGUUUCUGUCCUGAGCUCCAGCUCCCGGCUGCCUGCCGACUCCUCUGAGCACCUGUGACCCCCCUGUCACCAUAGUGCGUAGCUGGUCCUCAUGUCUGUGUGCCUGAGCCCCCUCCCGACAUCUACAGGGUCGUUGUCCUGCAUGUCUGUGAGCUGCCUUUCAUCACCAUCUCUCCUGAGUGGGCCUCGUCUUUGUUUUGGGAAGAUGUCUCCCCAACAGCAACCUCCAAUGGGAUUUUCCCGUUUUCCCAUUUGUUACCAGAGGCAACGGACACUCUUGGGCUUUUGUACAAAGCUAUUUAAUGUGGCUAUGUCUUGGGGACUUAGCAGGCCAUCAUGCUGUAGUAGAUGGGGUCAGUCCGAGAGCGGCGUCAUCAGAGGUGGGCACGUUAGUCAGCCUGGUUUCCUCAGCCUCUACUGCAAGUCCUGGGGUGACGUUGUUCCCAUGGAAAGCCACCACCUUCGUACUGGGAUCUCCAGUGCGAAGUCCAGAAAUAAAG